AUGUCAAGUAAUUCAAGUUCACCUAGUUCGAAAAAGUCAAAAGCAAAGGGAAGACAACCCGAUCUUCGUGAAUUAUUGUUUAAAAGAAUGAAAUCCCAACAAACAUCUAAUGAAGGCAAUGAAUCUUCUCCUUUAAGUUCCCCUCUAAGUCCUCCUUUAAGUUCCCCUCCAAGUGAAGAUGUUAAUAUGGAAGUAGGUGGUUCAAGUAGUUGUGAUGAACCAUUGGAUGAUGACUGGGUGUAUGAUGUUGAACUUCUUCCUCAUGACCCGGGAUUGAGGAAAAACAUAAUGGAUUAUCCCCCUAAUGAAAGAAAUCCGAGGGAUGUUGAAAUUAACAAGGGGGGUGAUGCAUUUGUUGUUGGAGGGUUUAGAGCGCGGAAUAAACCUGAGAGGCUUGAGAAGCAUGUUGGAGGAAUUAAAAGUGCUCAUAAUAUUGCUUAUGAGAAAUAUGUGAAUCAAAGAGAUUCAAAGAAGACAUCAAUUGAAUUUGUAUUUGAUAAUGCGAGUGAGGUUCAAAUGAAUGAAUAUCAUAUGCGUUUGAAUGCAUCCUUAACUUGUUUGAGAUUUCUUUUGGGCCAAGGUUUGGCAUUCCGGGGACAUGAUGAAAGUGAGGAGUCAUAUAGUAGAGGUAACUUUAUUGAGCUUUUGAAGUGGUUGGGUGGGAAGGUUGAGGAAAUAAGAAAAUAUACUUUCCAAAAUGCACCCAAAAAUUGUCAAUUAACAUCUCCCAAAAUUCAAAAAGACAUUAUCACUUGUUGUGCAAAAGAGACUACUAAGCGCAUAAUAGAAGAGGUUGGUGAUGGUUACUUUUCUAUUUUGGCCGAUGAAUCAAGUGAUGUGUCUCAAAAAGACCAACUAGCUCUUGUUUUGCGGUUUGUUAAUAGAGAAAAUGGAUCGGUAGUGAAACGCUUUUUAGGCAUUCUACAUGUGGGUGAUACUACCGCUUUGUCUCUUAAAAAUGCCAUUAUGUCGUUGCUUAUGGAACAUUCAUUGAGUCCUUCCAUGAUAAGAGGUCAAGGGUAUGAUGGGGCAAGUAACAUGAGGGGUGAAAUCAAUGGCCUCAAGACUUUGAUUAUGAAUGAUAAUCCAAGAGCCUAUUACAUUCAUUGUUUUGCUCAUCAACUUCAACUAACUCUAGUUGCGGUUGCUAAAAAAAAUGUUAAUUGUACUUGGCUUUUUGACGUACUUGCAAACUUGUUAAAUGUGGUGGGAGCUUCUUGUAAGAGAAGAGACCUUAUUCGAAAACACCAAGCUCAAGUAGUGGCUCAAGCUUUGGAAGUGGGGGAAAUUGAAAGUGGAUCGGGUUUGAAUCAAGAACGUGGUUUGAGUAGGCCGGGAGAUACACGUUGGGGAUCUCAUUACAAGUGUCUAAUAAGUAUCAUCAAAUUGUUUCCUUCAAUUGUUAAAGUGCUUGAGGAGAUUGGAGAAAAUGGCUCUCCGGAUGAUAAGCUCAAAGCUCAAGUUGUUUUAGGUUCUUUGGAGUCCUUUGAUUUUAUUUUUAUGGCUCAUUUCAUGUUGACUAUUUUUGGGUACACUAAUGAUUUAUGUGUUGCUUUACAAAGAAAGGAACAAGAUAUUGUGAAUGCCAUUAGCCUUGUUAAAAGUACAACGAAUGUGUUGCAAAAGAUGAGGGAUCAAGGAUGGGAUAGUCUCUUAGACAAAGUCAUUUUAUUUUGUACUAAACACGACAUUGGUGUUCCAUCUAUGGAUGCUCAAUAUGUACCUCAAGGAAGAUCAAGACGUUUUGCUAAACAAGCAACAAAUCUACAUCAUUUUCGCGUUGACAUCUUUUUGGAAGUAAUUGAUUUGCAUCUUCAAGAGAUUGAUAACCGUUUUAAUGAGAAGAACAUGGAGUUACUUACAUGCAUGGCUUCCCUGAGUCCUAGAGGUAACUUUUCAUAUUUUGAUAAAGAGAGGAUACUUAAACUUGCUUCUUUAUAUCCCGAAGAGUUUUCAUGCUAUGAUUUAACGGCUCUUGAUCUUCAACUUGAUGUCUUCUUGGAUUCUAUGCAAAAUGAUGAAAGAUUUCAUGAUUUGCAAGAUAUCAAUUCUCUUUCCAUGAUGCUUGUUAAAACAAGGAAACAUGAGACAUUUCCUCUUAUACAUUUGCUAAUCAAGUUGAUGUUGAUUCUUCCUAUUUUGACCCCCCAAUUUGAAAUUCCUGGGUCCGCCACUGUAGGAUAA